UUCUGCAGUCAGGCCGUGAUAAACACAGAGAAGAAGAUCACAGCGACUCUAAUGGUACAUGCAGUGUUCAGCUUGAGCUUUGAAUGAACUGGAUCUUAUAAAUGUAGCAUCCUGACUCAUUUUGUUGUGUACUGAUCUGUGGCUCUACCAGUGGACCAAAUUCAUUCCUCUUCUGUUGUUGAUGAGGCGUUGCCAAGCUUUUUCAGCAGCAUGUCUGUUUCGGUGAUUAUCAAGUGGGGCGGACAGGAGUACUCCAUUAGCACUCUGUCCGAGGAGGACACAGUUUUGGAUCUGAAACAGUCCAUUAAAUCUCUCACAGGAGUUCUGCCUGAACGACAGAAACUGUUGGGCUUGAAAGUGAAAGGUAAACCAGCAGAUGAUGAUGUCAAGCUUGGUGACUUGAAGUUGAAGCCCAAUACCAAAAUUAUGAUGAUGGGCACUAGAGAGGAAAGUCUGGAAGAUGUUCUGGCCCCUCCUCCCGAAAACGAUGAUGUUGUCAAUGACUUUGACAUUGAAGAUGAAGUGACUGAGGUUCAAAACAGAGAGGAGAAUUUGGCCAAGAUCGCUCGUCGGGUGAAAGAUUACAAAGUUGACGAGUUAAAUCCACCAAGACCAGGAAAAAGACUCCUUGUGUUAGAUAUUGACUAUACGCUCUUUGAUCACAAGUCGUGUGCAGAGACAGGCCAGGAGCUGAUGCGACCAUAUUUACAUGAGUUUCUUACAUCAGCUUAUGAGGAUUAUGAUAUUGUCAUCUGGUCUGCUACGAGUAUGAAGUGGAUUGAUGCUAAAAUGAAAGAACUUGGGGUGACGGACAACCCAAACUACAAGAUCACCUUCAUGCUGGACAGUGCAGCCAUGAUCACUGUGCACACACCUAAAAGAGGAGUCGUAGAGGUGAAGCCUUUGGGAGUAAUAUGGGGUAAAUACGGUGAGUUCUACAACAGGAAGAACACAAUUAUGUUUGACGAUAUCGGAAGAAACUUCCUCAUGAAUCCUCAGAAUGGACUGAAGAUUAGACCAUUCAUGAAGGCUCACUUAAACCGUGAGAAAGACAAAGAACUGUACAAGUUGUCUCUCUACCUGAAGGAGAUCACCAAACUGGAUGACUUCUCAGGUCUCAACCACAAGCACUGGGAAAGGUACCUCUCAAAGAAACAGGGUCAAUAACACUUUUAGCAGUGAGGAGAAGCCAUAAGCAAUCAUCUAGAACAGGAUUGGUGCUGGAAACCGCUUUUGGAGCACCUUUUCUUUCUCCGUAUCUUGCAUGGCUCAUUGUACAUCUCUCUCUAUAGUGGGUCAUUACUGGAGGAAAAAAGAUUCUAGCACUUGUACUCCUCAAAAGUUUACCUCAAUUGUCAAUGAAACGCAUUCAAGAGAUAAUUGCAUCGACUGCAGCUAAAGCAAGCAUGAUGAUCCUCUUCACUUUCUGCCUGACACUCAACAUCCUCUAAUUUAUGUCAACCAUGAUCAUUUGGUAAUAUGUAAUUGUGUUUUAUGGAGUCCUGUUAUUAUCUGGUUUAACGAUAAUUUACAUGUAUUAACUUUUUUAACUCCUGUUGCGUUUUCGUCAUAGAAGGAUGUAUAGUGGAUAACUAAGCAUCACUAUCUUUUAACAAUUGAACAUCAUUUCAGAUUUUUACAUGCAGUAUAUCAUAGAACUGAUGAUGAAGUUUGAAUGGUACUCAUGAAAGGAAGGUGUAAUUGAUCAACAUCUUGAAUAUGACCAGUUGAACUGGUUGUGUCUUUAAAGAAGCAAAGAGAUGCAUUUCAGACAGCACAUACACUAAGAGGUCUAUAGAUUUAGCUGCUUUGGCCAGGUUAAAACAUGAAAUUAUCCAAAUGAACAAUGAUGGACAUUUAUGUUUACAUGCGUGUGUUUUUUUUUUUAAAUACAGGAUAUAGUUCAUAAAGAGUUCACGCAAAAAAAAACAAAAAAAAAACUCAUCAUUUACUUGCCCUCAUGCCGUCUUAAACUCGUAUGACUUUCUUUCAUCUGCAGAACAAACAGAUUUUUUGUUUUUUAAGGAGAUAUGUUUAUAUCCGUACAAUGCAAGUCAAUGGGGUCCAACAGGUUCAAGCACCACAAAGGACAUACAGGCAGCAGAAUGGUAAUCCAUACAACUCAGUUGGUUUAAUCUAUGUUUUCUGAAGCGAUCCAAAUGAUUUUGGGUGAGAAUAGCACGAAAUAUACGGAAAUAAUACAACUGCAGUCUCCUUGGUGCGAUCAUGAUUUGGAGUGCGAUUACACUGCCUCUCACUUGGUGCAUGCUCAGAGUGUUACAUUUUGGUCUGUUACUCACCCAAAACUGAUCAAAUUUCUUCAGUAGACAUGGAUUAAACCACUUGAGUAAAAUUGAUUACCUUUAUGCUGCCUUUAUGACCUCUUUGGAGCUUGAAAGUGUUGGACCCCAUUGACUUUCAUUGUAUGGAGAUAUUCACCUCAUAUCCCCAUCAAAAUAUCUUUGUGUUCUGCAGAAGACAGAAUGUCAUAAGAGUUUUAGAUGGCAUAAGGGUGAGUCAAAGAGAGAAUUUCCAUUUUUUGGGUGAGCUAUUCCUUUAACAGAAUGCUAUGAAUUUAGUGUGAUUUCUGUUGGCCUUAUAUCAAAUUAGUCUAUGGGGAUUGAAAUGAUUGUGGCCUCCAGUUACCAAAACUUUGCUAACUUACAUUUUUGUACCUUUGACAUUGAAGCUUGAAGUUGAAGUGUUUUUUUUUUUUUUUUCUCCUCAAUUUCAAAUUUUGAUUUCUUUAUCAAUGUUGGUGUUUUCACUCAUAACCAGUAUUGCAUUUUGUGAAACUGCAUUUCUGCCAGUAUGUAAGCAAUUGUAAAUUAAACUAAAUUGGUUUUACAAUA